GUGUGUGUGCACACGUGCGUAUGUGAUUGUGUGUAUGUACGAUAGUGUGUGUGUGCCUCCCCCUGUGCCAGCUGUUGGUGCCUGCUGGCAGGUACGCUGUGCUUCCAGAGGAAAAUGCCCGCCAUCCUGGUGGUCAGUAAGAUGAAGUCGGCCCUGCCCAAGCCAAUGCACAGUGCUGUGCCCAUCCCACAUGUCCCCACCCGUGCAGUGUGCCCGCAGCCCUGUGCCCGCACACCAAGCCGGCCUGCCACCUGCACACCCCCCCACGUCAGCAGCCUCAAGCGCCCCCAGGCCGGCAACCUCAAGCGCCCCCAGGCAAGCACAGCCCGACUGCCCCCGAGCAGCCCCGAGCUGCCCUUACAGGAGCGCCGAGAUGAAGGGGAGCUCGGAGACAGCGCUCCAGCCAAGCUCAGCCAGCCUGCCGACAGCCUGCUAGACUCUCAGAUCUAUACGGACUGGGCGAAUCACUACUUGGCGAAGUCAGGACACAAACGGCUCAUCAAAGACCUGCAAGAAGAUGUCGCUGACGGUGUUCUCCUGGCGGAAAUCAUCCAAGUCGUAGCCAAUGAGAAGAUCGAAGACAUCAAUGGCUGUCCAAAGAGCUGCUCUCAGAUGAUUGAGAACAUUGACACCUGUUUGGCAUUCCUGGCAGCCAAAGGAGUGAACAUACAGGGACUGUCUGCAGAAGAGAUCAGGAAUGGUAAUCUGAAGGCGAUAUUGGGGCUUUUCUUCAGUCUGUCGCGUUACAAACAGCAGCAGCAGACCCAGAGACAGAGCUCCCAGCAGCUCCACACACCACACACACACUCACACACGGCCCUCAGCCAGCAGAGCAGCGCACCUGCUCACCUCUCCUUACCCUCGCAUGGGACACCGAGCCCCUCAGCCACUCACACGCACAGAGCACAAGCAGAGAUGCAGUCCAGGGGUGCUUCUGAGAGCAAACUACUCAAGUUUUCCAUUGGUCAGAAAAAGUCGUCAAGACUCCCCGGCCCUACGUCGAGGGUGUCCGCGGCGGGUAGCGAGGGUUCACCCCGGGGGUCCAUUAGUUCGGCAGGGAACCGCCGCAGCCAAGCCUUCAGCGACAAAGCCAAACCUGCAGCGGCGCAGGCCAAAGAAUCAUCAGACAGCAUCUCCUCUCAACUUCCAGGCAUGACUGAGCAUGCACCGUCUUGUGCGGCAGCUGUCAGUACCUCCACCGUCAUCACCAGCAGCGUGGCAUCUUCCUCCCAGUGCUCCGCCAUCCCGCAGCCCAGCUCCAGCGGCAAACCCUGGAGGAGCAAGUCCCUGAGCACCAAGCACACAUCUACCUCCACCAUCCUCUCAGUGAAACAGGAAGCCCCAGCGAAGCAGCCCGCCCCUGCUGAUCCUCCACCCAAAACUCUGCCGCAGAGGUCCAUGCUGGAGAAACUCAAGCUCUUCAACAGUAAAGGAGGCUCCAAGUCCUCUGCCCAAGCAGAAGGUGCCGUGGGGAAGGAGCCUGGUGUGGUGCUGGAGAGAGUGGAGGCUGGCUCCAACACCGAGCCUCUGGAGGAAGCAGAGGGCAACGCUCGCCCUGUUCCCAGCUCCGGUGCUGUCAGCUUGUCGAGCAGCAGCCCGAAGAUGGCGCUGAAGGGCAUAGCACAGCGGACGUUCAGCAGGGCACUAACGGCCAAGAAGGGCUCGACAAAAAAUGUGGAAAAAGAAAAGGAGAAAGAGAGAGAGCGGUCGAAGGAGAAGGAGCGUGGGAAGGAGGGGUCCAAGCGACUGCCUGCCUCUGAAAAGGCAGAGAUUAGAGAGGAGCUCGCAGAGGAGAUGACUGGAGGGUCCGAGGUUGGUGUGGCAGAGGCGGAGCCCAAACGGACCUCGAAGAUUGCGAGCCUUAUUCCCAAAGGGGGCAAAGUAGGUGCCAAGAAAGAUAGUUCUGCCCCUGUGCACACUGGUAUUCCCAAACCAGGCAGUAAAAACACUGGAACUGGGGCAGGUAAAAGCUCAGGAGCACCUAUCAGUGGCAAAGACAAUGAGAGACCACGUAGCAUGCGCCUGGGUGGAGGAGCUGGUCUCCAUAGAGACAGCCGCCACUCCUCCUCCUCCUCCAGCCUUGCAUCCACAGAGGGUAAAGCCCACCAGCACCACACUGCUGCCCCAGUGGGUAAUGGAGGCACUACACAAUCCACAGCCAGCAACACAGUCAGUGUGCAGCUGCCUCAACCCCAGCAACAGUACAGCCAUCCCAAUACAGCCACUGUAGCACCUUUCAUGUACAGAUCCCAGACUGAAGGAGAUGACGGCGUCACCAGCGAGACGGUCUCUGGAGGUAGCUUCAACAAGACCAACCAGACGUCUAUCGAAGAUUUGUCAGGUGAAGAUCCUGAGACCAGAAGACUAAGGACUGUUAAAAACAUUGCGGACCUCCGGCAAAAUCUAGAAGAAACCAUGUCCAGUUUGCGGGGGACACAGAUCACACACAGCACGCUGGAAACCACCUUCGAUGGUGGCGUCACCACUGAAGCGAACAGCCGCAGCCUGCUGAGCCUGUCUUCACGCCCGGCGCCGCUGUCUUGGACCACCCGGGUCGGCCAGUCCAGCCCACGGCUGCAGGCGGGCGACGCACCCUCUCUGGGAAACAGCUACCAGUCCCGGGGCGGAGGUUCAGCUGCGGGUCCGGGCCGCUACCUGUACGCUGCGCCCCUGCGUAGGCAGCUGGCUGGGCGCGGCAGCGCCCUCUGUGGGUUGGAGUUGGGAGAGCGGGGUGAGGAGCUUGAGCUGGAUGUGAGCGGCUACGUUAGCGACGGAGAUGUGCUCGCCAAGAACGCUCGCGCUGAUGACCUCAGCAGCGGCUACAUGACGGACGGUGGCCUGAGUCUGUACACACGACGGCUGAACCGUCUGCCCGAUGGUAUGGCAGUGGUGCGAGAGACGCUGCAGAGGAACGCUUCUUCAGGCCAGGGGGACGCUGACAGUUGGGACGACAGCAGUUCAGUCAGCAGUGGAAUCAGUGACAUGAUUGACACUGAUGAUAUCAACACCAGCUCCUCAAUCAGCUCCUAUACCAACACACCUGCUACAUCACGCAAAGCUUUGAGUGGGCAGCCACAAACAGAUGCUGAGAAGCAUUCAGCCGUGGAGCGAACUUCCAACUGGUCGGGCGACGACGUCAAAAGAUCAGACGGCGGGUCCGACAGCGGGGUCAGAAUGGAGGCCAGUUCGAAAUGGCGAAAGAACCCAUCAGACAUUUCAGAUGAGUCGGACAAGGGCGGGUCCACGAGGAAGGCUACUGCCAUCUCUCACACUGGGUCAUGGAGAAAGGGCAUGACCGCCCAGGUGGGCGUGACUGCGCCCCGAACAAAAGGAGCGACUGUUUCCACAGGAACAGGCACACUGAAAACACAUGGGACAGCUAAAACAGAUGAUGCUAAGGUGUCAGAGAAAGGCUGCUUCUCCACCAACCCCAGCGGGGUCCACCACUCCCCAUCUGAUGCUGGGCGGAGCAACUCCGACUCCACUCCCACCCGCAUGCCAACCUGCACCUUUGGCUUUAAGAAACCCAACUCUGGUUCAGGCUCUGUCACCAUAGCUGCAACCUCCAGUGUCAGCAUGGUGACAGCCAGCGGGGCCACCAUCACUAGUGGCUCGGCCACCCUGGGGAAGAUCCCCAAAUCCUCUGCCUUGAUGGUGGGGGGAGGAAGAGGAGGGCUGAAGGGGGCGCCAGAGGGAUCGCCAGUGCCCCAGGAGGACAGCUACCUGGUGGCUAGUGCGAGGUCAACGCUUCAGUAUCGCAGCCUACCCCGCCCCUCUCGCUCUGGAGCUGCCGCCCGCAACGGCAACCGCUCAUCAACCAGCAGCAUUGAAUCAGGACUAAGCACCCGAGCUACUACGCUCACUGUCACAGCCAAUAAAAUGCCCACACAAAAAACAAAUGGGAGCAAUGGGUCCCCUGCCAAUCAGACAGACAAAGAGAAGGGUGGAGCUUCAGAGAUGGACAACCUGAGAGGGUGUGUGUUUGGCUCAGGUGGAGGAGCGGCAACUAUUCCACAGACUGCACGACAGGGGAGCAAGUACACAGAGGUGUCUUCACCUACUCUGCGCAGGCUCUUUGGAGGUAAAGCUCCUAAGCAGCCUCCUGUCACAACUGCAGAGAGUCUGAAGAACUCUGUGGUCAUCUCCAACCCACACGCCACCCUGGGCCAUCACACCCUGCCUGCUGGGUCCCUGGACUCUCCGUCGGCCGGGGGGCCAGGCAGCGGUGGCAGUAGCCCCCUGUACGGAGGGCGGGGCGCUGGCCCCGUGGGCAGCGAGCAGGCCUCCAGCCCCGGCUCAGUCUACUCGACGGGCACGGGCACAUGGGGCACCACGGCGAGCAGCUCCUCUGCACCAGGCUACCCGUCUGUCAGCAGCAUGCAUACCAGCAGCGAAUCCAUCGACAUGUCAUUGGGCAGCGGGCAUCACCGCGAUGACAACCACCCCCCACUCACCCGUGCCGCCAGCGCAAAGACCGAGAGUCCCCUGUCCUCUCCCUCUGCUAGUCCCAAAUUCAACCGCAACACCUUGCCUCGGAAACAGGAUAGUGACUCUUACAGUGAUAGGAACACGCUGCCUAAGAAGGGAUUCAGGUACUGUCCCUCACCACAGGUGCGUCAGGAGGAGGCACGUGAUUGGCUACGUUCACAUUCCGCUGGCGGACUACAGGACUCGGCUAGCAAUUCCCCAUUCUCCACAGGCUCCAGCCUCACGUCGCCAUCAGGCACGCGCUUCAACUUUGCCCAGCUCGCCAGUCCCACCACAGCAGCACAGAUCAACCUCGCUAGCCUGCGCAACAACAGCGUGUCCAAUCAAGACAGCAUGGUGGACUCCUCUGGCGACACCCGUCUACGCAAUUCCUGCAUGUCACUGGACGAGAAGACACGCACCAUGAGUCGCUCGGCCUCCUUCAGAGAUGGAUUUGAAGAAGCACAUGGGUCCUCCCUCUCUCUGGUCUCCAGUACCUCAUCCAUCUAUUCAACGACCGAAGAGAAGUCGCAGUCAGAGAUCCGCAAGCUACGCAGAGAACUGGAUGCCUCACAGGAAAAAGUGUCUGCCCUGACAACGCAGCUGAGUGCCAAUGCUCACCUUGUGGCAGCCUUUGAACAGAGUCUGGCCAACAUGACCAUUAGACUGAAGAGUCUUACAAUGACAGCAGAACAGAAGGACUCUGAGCUGACUGAACUGAGGAAGACCAUUGAGUUACUGAAGAGGCAGAAUGCUGUGGCUCAGGCCGCCAUCAAUGGAGUCAUAAACACGCCCGAGCUCGUCUGCAAAUCUGAACGCACAGGCUCCAACAGCUCAGCAGCGAGUGGGCAGACAGACCUGCGCAUGCGCAGACAGCACUCAUCUGACAGCGUCUCCAGCGUGACCAGUGCCACCAGCCACUCCAGCAUGGGCUCCACCAUGGACAAUUCUGACAACUGCAGCAAGAAGAAAAAGAAGAACUGGCUGCGGAGCUCCUUCAAGCAGGCUUUCACCAAGAAGAAAUCGCCAAAGUCAGCGUCCUCACACUCGGACAUCGAGGAGAUGACUGACUCGCUGCCCUCCUCCCCCAAACUCUCCCAUAAUGGAUCCUCCACCUCCUCAGCGCUGCUCAGGAACUCCCACUCCAACUCGCUCUGGUGUGAGCUCCAGGGAUCUUGUCCUGAUGUAGGUGUCCGCCUGUCUGUCCACAGGCUGCCGGAGUGUUUGGACGGGGAGGCGGAGAUGGUGAUGCAGCUGCGCACUGAGCUCCGCGAGAAGGAAAUGAAGCUGACUGACAUCCGGUUGGAGGCGCUGAGCUCCGCCCACCAGCUGGACCAGCUGCGAGAGGCCAUGAACCGCAUGCAGGUCGAGAUCGAGAAACUGAAGGCAGAGAACGACCGUUUGAAGCUGGAGACCCAGGCGGGUGGAGGCAGAGUAUUACCUCAGAGCUCCAGCGUGGCGGCCUCUGUACCCUCCACAGCCAUGCUCUCACCUGGCCUCUCGCAGCACAGCCUGGAUCUCACCGAGUCCACCGGCUUCAACAUUCUGCUGGAUGACUCUGGAGGCGACAGCAGCUUUCGUAAAGAGGGCAGACACGUAAAGAUUGUGGUCAGGCUCCAAGAGGAUGCCCCAUGGAGAGAGGACUGCAGACCGCGCGACUUCCUCAUUGGCUGCAUCGGGGUCAGUGGCAAAACCAAGUGGGAUGUUCUGGAUGGCGUUGUCAGGCGUCUUUUUAAGGAAUACAUCAGGCAUGUAGAUCCAGUGAGUCAACUGGGACUAGGCUCUGACAGUGUGGAAGGAUAUCGCAUUGGGGACGUGCUCCGACCCAGUGGGGCAGACACCCCGGAACUACUUCCCUGUGGGUACUUAGUCGGGGAGAACAACACAAUCCACAUCUCUCUCAAAGGCGUGCAUACCCAGUCCACGGACGCGCUGGUCUUUGACACGCUGAUCCCUCAGCCCGUGCUGCAGCGCUACGUCUCGCUGCUGCGAGAGCACCGACGCCUCAUCCUGUCUGGGCCCAGCGGCACGGGGAAGACCUAUCUGGCCCAGCGCCUGGCCGAGCACCUGGUGCUUCUGGAGGGCCGCACGGCCAGCCACACCGCUGUCGUCACCUUUAGCGUCGACCACAAGUCCAGCAAGGAGCUGAGGCAGUAUCUGGCAGCCGUUGGCGAGCAGUGGAGUGCUCCUGGCCAGGACACCGAGGCUCCUCUGGUGCUUAUCCUGGACAACCUUCACCAUGUCGGCUCUCUCGGGGAGAUCUUCAAUGGUCUGCUUAAUUACAAGUACCAACGCUGCCCAUACAUCAUUGGCACUAUGAGUCAGGCCACAUCUUCAUCUCCAAACCUUCAGCUGCACCAUAACUUCAGGUGGGUGUUGUGCGCCAACCACAUGGAACCUGUGAAGGGCUUCCUCGGCCGCUUCCUCCGGAGGAAGCUGAUGGAGACGGAGAUCAGCAGUCGCAGCCGCAGCCCCCAGCUGGUGAAGAUCAUGGAGUGGAUCCCCCGUGUCUGGCAACACCUUAACCGCUUUCUGGAGGCGCACAGCUCCUCAGACGUCACCAUCGGCCCGCGGCUGUUCCUGUCGUGUCCCAUGGAUGUCGAUGGCUCACGGGUGUGGUUCACCGACCUGUGGAACUACUCCAUCAUCCCCUACCUGCUGGAAGCUGUGCGGGAGGGACUCCAGCUAUAUGGACGGAGAGCACCAUGGGAUGACCCUGCACGUUGGGUGCUGGAGACGUUUCCAUGGGGAUCGAGCCCACAGCACCCGGAUUGGCCACCUUUACUGCAGCUCCGCCCAGAGGAUGUGGGCUUUGAUGGAUAUUCUGCCUCCAGAGAGGGUGCUAGCAAGCAGAGCACACAGAGCGACAGCGACGCUGAUCCACUGAUGAACAUGCUUAUGCGUCUAAAGGAGGCUGCCAGCUGCUCCAGCCCACAGAGUUACGACAGCGAUUCCAAUAGCAAUGGUCACCAGGAUGACAUCCUUGAUUCAUCUCUGGAGUCUACGCUCUGACAUUUUGCCUUUUCCAUAAACUCAAGACAUCUUCUGAAUGUUUCCGCGACCUCAGGCAGCAGAAUCAAAUCACUCCAUUUGGAGAUGUCCUCUGAGAUGAGGAUGUGGGUGCUGGAAACCCAUUAAGAGAAAAGGGGCUUCAUUUUCUGACAAAGAGGCAGAAACCUGCACUACCCAUAAUUUAGCUUGUCCUCCGUCCUGCACCUGUGAACAUAACUAAAGACCAUAUGAGAACAUAUGAGUGUGAGCGAGCACUGUUCCCAGAAUCAUUACCUCCAAACUCAUCCCAAUACCCCUGAAAUCUCCAUCUUGGCACUCCCUUUAUCCUUAAGCAAAGCUCUAGAUCAUGCCAUCAUUGGCCCACUUCAUUCUUUUCAGUGCUUUUGUGGAGAAAGUGGUGCUCUGAAAGAUGCUCUCUAAGAUCUUUGGCUUAGAUUUGGGAACUGCAUUCAGAAAAAAAGAUCAUCUCUGUUGGGCAAACCAGGAUUCACAAAGUCUGCACAGCAUAACUGUCACAAAUUAGUUUAUUCCAAUGCUGUCCAUCAUUGGAUAGCUUAAAUACUUGGGAAGAAGGGGUUCUGGGCACAAGCAAAUCCAAGUCUUGGCUUAAAACUAUUUGUAGCCUAAAAUAUCCAUGUCAUUGAAUGUCUACAUGUCAGCUGUAUUGGGCUUUUGUUUCUCUGUGUUUCAGUGUCUGUAAUUACAUAGGAUUCAUUUGAAUGAUCAGGAACGUUUCCUCACUGAUGCUGGAUCUGCUUCUGACUGUAACAGUGCAGAUGUUUUGUAGUCUGGCAUGAAAAGUGUCCCUGACACCUGGGCUGGUCUCGACAUGCCUCUUCUACACUCCUCUGCACUCGUCUUCUACACUCCUACUCCCUCAGUCACUGUAGCAGGCCCACAUUCUCACCUUUUCACCACCCUUUCCUCUCACUCUGACUUCCUGGUGCUGAACUGAACCCGGUGCCUUACUCUGUUUUGUAAUGUAUACUCAAGAGGCACUAUGAUUUUAUACCUGCUGAACUCUUCAUUUGGAGAUAUGUCCUCAGUGAGCCUGUGGGUUCUGUGUUCCUCCCCCUCAUCCUUGAGUGGCUUUAUUACUUCAUCGCAUAAGAUGGCUAGUGGCAUGCAAAUGAAAGAGCUAAAGGAAAGGUAGCAACAAAGGGACUACACCUUCCUUCUUCUGUUCAGGUGUUAAAGUUUCCUUUUUUAUUUUAGCAUCAUGUACCUUAACAUUGGUCACACCUGAGGCUGCAAACCACUGAGGUGUCGCUGGUUGGCACAAUACUCUGACUGUGGCAGAGUUGCAUGGCUUUAUUUGGUGCUGCAGGAUAGUAUUUUAUGCACCAAAUCUGAAAAGCACACAAUGCUGAGAGAGAAAGUGCUGGAGAUAUGGUGAGUUAAUACCUCAUUGACUUCCAGGGCCUUGGCCUUGGUCUUAGUGUUCAAAUGUGAAGGAUGGAAAAUUACUGUCACAGCCAUUUAAUUCCAUAUCAGACAAUACAUUUGCUGCUUGAUCUUAUUUCUAAAAACAGGUGCUAAAAGCUACAGGUAAAACCUGUGUACAGUGAAAAUCCUACCACAAAAAUAAAACGCCAAAAGUGGCAGGAUAGUCAUUUCAGCACCACUUAAUGAAUAGUAAAUGUCAGGAUUUUUGUUUAUCCUUGUCAAUAUCAGAUACUUGAUGUUGUGCAGGUGUAGUUAGAGUAUAACAUUGUCUUCACAUAUUGUGUACACGCCACUGAAGUGUUUGAGUGUUUCAAGUCAUUAAACCUAUGCAACAUCUUUUUGGGUUUCAAAUGGAAGCCAAAUUCUGUAGCUCUCUAAAUACUUUCAGCACUGCCUCUA